AAAUAAAAUGAGCAAGGUUCCCAUGACAUUAAUGUCAUGGGAUGACUCGGGGGCGCUCCGGUGCCCCGUUUGUAAAUUGACGGUUCCUACCCCCUAACCCCCCGGUAAACCCUUCCACCCCGCCUCGACCCGAACGCACCCCCCACCCUUCAAUUACACCCUACAAAUUGAUUUUGACUUUGGAGUCAAAAUUUGGUGGAAAAAUAUUAUUAUAAAAUAAUUCUAAAUUAUUACGGAGUAUAAAAAUUUAAAAAAUAAAUGAUGUGGUUGGAGAGGUGGUAGAAAAGUAGAAUGUUAAAUCACUGUUGGGAAGCUAAAAUAGCAUUUAGCUUUCCAAUUUUUAGCACAUCCAUUGGAGAUCCUCUUAGAUUGUUUAGAUCUCCAGAUUGGCAAAUCAGAGACUCGAUGGCGAAGCGUGAGGUAAGAGGUGGAAGAAGGGACGAGUCCGCCUCGCUCUUGACUCGGGCAGUGAACAAAGUGUUUGAGUUCGUUCGUUUCGCCGAGUUCGAGAUCCUCUUCGUCCUCUUCUUCGUCAUCGCAUAUGUAAUAUUCAAAGAUCUGACUUCAAGGCCGGAGUAUAAUCAGAUUCUUGUGAAGAAGCCUGGUGGCCCUGAUUGGUGGCCCUAUUAAGACAAUCCAACGUGGCAUGCAUCAUCGUACGCGCUCCCCUAUACUGGUUUUGCACGGUUUUCUUCAGGCUGUGCAGUAAGAUCUUCUGCAGUUUUCUUGAAUGUAAAUAGCUACAGCAUUUCUAGCGUGACAGAUUUGCGACUCGUUAGAGGCUUGUCUUCACCCUUGUACAAUUGUGCUUGUCACGACAUUGCUACAAAAAUGAAUGCUAUAAGGAAAUUAUGUGUUUGUUUCUGGUUCUUGUUUUGUAAACAAAGGAUAUGGCCUCAUUCAGGUAUAUUGAGCUAUAAUCUUUGUCCUACAAUAAAAAGUGGGAUUGUUCAUGGUUGCCUCCUUGUUGCUAAGAGUUGAAGUCGGACAUCCCUCUUUUGCACCCAUUGUUGCUGUGAUCUUGAUCCAACAAAUAAAGAGUGGGAUUAAGGGCUUAUUCUCUUUACCUCAUCUAAUUGGAAUAAGUUCUGAUCUAAUCUGACCUGAUCUGAAUGUAUUUACAUUUAAAGAUGUUUCGGAUUUGAUCUAAUAUGA